AUACUAAUAUAAUUUGUAUUUUCCGUAGUUAAGCAUCUUCAGAGAUCGAUCUUUUGGCGAGACCACCAGAAAAAAAAAAAUUAGCCAUAUUCAGUACUAGAAUUAGUACUACAUAAAGUGAUAUAUCCAGUUACCAACGGAACAUUCAACAACUGACCAUAUUAUGGGAUCGUCUGUAUCGAAAUCAGGUUCGAGGAAACUAGCCAAAACGGUAGUAUCUGACUCGGUUGCAGCCAAAGUCAAUCGUUCGGCCACAGUAAAUCAAUUACCUCCAACUAAACUUCAACAGCAAUUCGAACAACAUUCUAUAGAACAAGAAUUAUCAAGAAAUGGUAAUAAUAUUCAGUUUGACCCGAAAUUCCUAGCUAAAAAAUUGAAUAAAAGAAGUCAAACAUCAUCCAAUUCAGCAGUAUCUCCAGCUGGUAAAGAUGGUCAAGAUCCUCAUUUUUCAGGUACUUCUACUUAUGAUAAUAAUAAUAAUACACUUCCAAGUGAAGACUUCAUAAAAUCUAUAAAUCGUCUAGGAGAUCAGAUCCAUUCUACUUCAAUGACAUCACCAGCUAAUAUUGAAGAUUCAAUAGCCUUGAAACAAUUGAAGAAUAGACGAGAAAUGUUUAAACUUGGUGAAGAAGAAUUAUUAGCAUCAAAAGAUCCUAAUUAUUUAACUCAGGAAGAAAGAGAAGUAUUACAUAAAAAUGAGAAAGAAAAUGGAGGUGAAAUCAUACGAACUAUGGUACAUCCUCGUACAUUAGUUGCUAUUCUUAAUGAUUUGAAUGAUCCUAAAAUCAAUAAUAGUUCAAUUAUAUUGGAUUAUCAAUUACAUCCUAACUUUCUUAAUGAAUUAGGUACAAGAUUUAAAGUCGCUAAAAAUACAGUUAUACUUGAAGAUAGUGUUAAAGAAGAUGAAAUAGGUCAUAAGGCACAACCAAUAAUAAGAGCAACAGCAAUUAAAGAAGGUGAAAAUGAAAAUGAAAAUGAAUUAGAUUAUAUGGGUGAAGUAAUAGGGGAUUCAAGGUAUAAGAAAUUAAAGAGUAGAAUCAGUUUAGAUGACUAAAAUAAAAAUAAUAGUCAUCACACAUACAUAGUAAGACGUUAAAUUGUAAAUAGUAUCUAAUAAAAAUUAUAUUAGGGUAGUGAGCCGCACUUGUGCCAUAUGAUUUUUCAAACAAUAUCUGGGGUUGAUUU